UAGUCGUAGACGAGAGCUCGCCCAGGCUGCUUCCACGUAGCCCCAUUCUCCGUAUCCCGCCCAUCUUCGCCGUACGCCUCCCGCCCCCAUUGGCUGUAUGUUGACGUAAGGGCGACCGGCGACGGGUAGCAUGGCGUCCACCCACAUCCAGGUCAACGGCGGCCACGAUCACAUCCUACGGCCGCGUCCCCGCAAGCCCCAGCACGCCCAGGUGGCUGGUCUGGUCAGGCAGCAUAGUAGCUCGUCUGUCAAUGGCUUGCUCGACACGCCCCCCGAGGACCUGCCGGCCUCCGGCAUGACAAGCGGCCGUUCUACUCCCGUCCCCGAGAAUGCUCCCGCGUCCACCAAAGCUCUGUCUAGCGCCCGUAAGCAGGUCCGCGCCGAGCAGCGACGACGCAUCUUCCCCACCAUCGAGUUCGCCUCCCGAGUCUCCCACUUCGAUCCCCGGUCCGACUAUCGCGAUUUCCAUGGCUUCUUCAACCUCUUCUGGAUCGGCCUGGCCAUCAUGGGCAUCACCACCAUGCUGCGCAACUUCAAGGACACCGGCUACCCCCUGCGCGUCCAGAUCUGGACCCUCUUCACCGUCAAGCUAUGGCACCUGGGCAUCGCCGACUUCCUCAUGGUCGCCAGCACCGCCGUCAGCGUGCCGCUGCACAAGCUCGCCAGGGGCAGCACCGGCGCCCUGACCUGGAGGAAGGGCGGCAGGGCCAUCCAGAGCAUCUAUCAGGUCGCCUGGCUCGCCUUCUGGAUCGCCGUGCCUUUCGUCCUCAACUGGACCUGGACGUCCCAGGUCUACUUCCUCCUCCACACCAUGGUCCUGCUGAUGAAGAUGCACUCGUACGCCUUCUACAACGGCCACCUAUCCGAGACGGAAAAGCGCCUGCGCGCGCUCGACGAGCCCCACGGCGCGUCCAAGGCCCCCGCGUACGUCUACCCCUCGGUCGAGAACCCGAUGGGCGAGCUGGCGCACAGAGACAUGGAGGUCGACAGCGACAGCGAGGACGAAGGGCUGGCGCAGCUGCGCGAGGACCUGGCGCGCGAGUUGACGAGCCCCAUCGGCAACAUCACCUACCCGCGGAACCUGUCGUGGUCCAACUACCUCGACUACCUGCUCUGCCCCACACUGUGCUACGAGCUCGAGUACCCGCGCAACGAGACCAUCAACUGGACCAGCCUGACCGCCAAGAUCGUCGCGACGUUCGGCUGCAUCUUCCUGCUCACCGUCAUCUCGGAAGAGUUCAUCCUGCCGGUGCUGCAGGAGUCGACGGUGCGGCUCGACGUCACGACGUCGGUGCUCGAGAGGAUGCUCAUCCUGGCCGAGACGGUGUCGUGGAUGCUGUUCCCCUUCAUGCUGACGUUCCUGCUCGUCUUCCUCGUCAUAUUCGAGUACGUGCUGGGGGCCUUCGCCGAGCUCACGCGGUUCGCGGACCGGCACUUCUACAGCGACUGGUGGAACAGCACCGACUGGAUGGAGUUCAGCCGCGAGUGGAACGUGCCGGUGUACUCGUUCCUGCGGCGGCACGUGUACGCGACGUCGAAGCCGAGCAUCGGCCGGCACCUGGCGACGCUCACCACCUUCCUCGUCUCCGCCGUCGGCCACGAGAUCGUCAUGGCCUGCAUCACCAAGAAGAUCCGCGGCUACGGCUUCGUCUGCCAGAUGCUGCAGCUGCCCAUCGUCAUGCUGCAGCGCACGCGGUGGGUGCGCACCCACAAGACGGCCAACAACGUGCUCUUCUGGUGCAGCAUGGUCCUCGGCCUGAGCAUGAUCUGCUCACUCUACGUCCUAGUCUAGACGUUGGAUCUCUGUUUUCUCUCUUCUUCUUCGUAUGUGGUUCAUUUUCUCCCCUCUGGUUUGUUUUUCCCUAUGUCCGUAGAAUCCUAGCCGGGAAACCAAAGCAAUUUACUCGGCAGCGGGUGCCCUCUCGAGGCGGUAAGGCAAAAAAAAGGAGGUGAGGGAAGAGAAGGAAAGGGAGACAGCCCCUCCCCCCCCGUGCGAGUGGUGCUUGCGAGGAGGGAGAGGAGGGCACGAGAUGCUGGUACUCACCGCCGUAGUCAGGAGCAAUCCGUCUAUCCGUAGAUACGUGUGGGCAGGUCUAUAGAGGUAAGAACGCGGCUCGCGUUCUAGGGCGGCGGUGGUCGGCGGAUAUCUCGCAGUGCCUUGCGGCUCUGCUUCGCCUUGCCUUUUUGCUAUGUCCUGUUU